AUUGCGGAACAUGUUUCGUCUUUGUAUCCGUCCGCGAAGCAGAGAUCCUUGUCACGUGACCUGUGUUUAUAUAGCCCGUGCCGCAACCAAAACCGGACUCAGACCAAACACUACCCUGCUACGCUAAUGUAUUCCAAGCCUACGAUGAGCCCGAAGUCAAACGCUUCAAGUGGGAUAUGCGCCUCUGCAUCAACUGAAGUCUCCUCCUGUAAGAUGACCUGCUCAUCACCAGGUUGCGAGCGUGACUAUAAGGGUCGGGAAACAAAACUGGUGAGUUAUAUAUUUUCAGACUUUGCCUGGGCCACAGUGGACGAUGAGCCAGAAUGGACCAAGAUGGAUCACAAUGGAUAUAGAUCACUUGGAUGGACCUUGAUGGACCAUGAUGGACCAUGAUCCAUGAAUCGGAAUGACUUGGAUGAGGGUAAUGUGGAUCGAUCAGUACUGGGAGUUAUAAGUGUACAGUAUCUGUUCAGGAUAGAUAUCGUAAGUACGUUCUGGGUACGUAUAUCACCACAUCCUCAUCAACACCCCCAUCCCAUCCACCCACAUCAGCAUGUAGGGAACUAACCUAGACGCGUCCCUGGAACGGCUGUCCUGGAGAAGAUGCGAACAGACACUAACACUGCGUCAUCCGUAGCUCCAUUGCUCACGUAGGGCCAAACAGGUUGCCGGGAGCUGAUGUCGACGGAGCAGGAUGCAGAGACGAGGGAGUGCCAGGAUGCCGCAAUCAUCAAAGAAAGGACCCCUGGUCCUUUGCGUACAUUUUGCAAAUUUUCCCAUAUGUACUUUGAACCAAUUAUUCAAAAUAGAUGAAACACCACGUUCUCUUAUAAUGAUUUUUCUAUUUAAAAAAUUACGCCAGACGCCUUUUUUAAACGUAUAUUUUUCAAAUGAAUGAGAGAAGUAAUAUUAGGUUUAAAAAGUCAAUCAAAUAUAAGAGAGAACAAAGCAAGCACACAGAAGAGAACAACGAAGAAAAGAAACAAGGUUCAUCUUACUCAAUGGGGAAAGUUGCAAGUCUUUGUCUUUCAGGGGAUCGUCUGCAGUGAUCUGAUCUUAUGGGAUCAAACACAAACUAGAUUUUUUGAACGGAUGCUCAUGCGCCAUGUGUCCUAUCUGUGUUGACAGCUGUAAACGCCACCACCGUUGGUCCAACACCUCCCAGCUCCGGCACCGUCGAGAGGAAGGACAUAGAAUGCACAGCGGGCACCAUGGACAUCCACAUCCCCCGGACUCUGCUCCCCACCCACAACGUGACCCUCCGUGACCCCACCUGCGUCGUCCCCUCCAACGGGACCCACCUCGUCAUCAGCAUCUCCUUCAACCAGUGCGGCACCACCGUCAGCUUCAGCAACGACACAGUCGUUUUCAGCAACGAGCUCGUCGCCACCGUCAUCCAGGCAUCCCACCCCUCCAGCAUCGUCGACUACGGUCUCAGCAAGGACGAUCAGCGAGUAUCUCUCGAGUGCGUCUACAAAAGACAUAGUAGCGUGGAACUGGACUAUAUGCCAAUGAUGAGAGCGGCGCACUUUUAUGAAAAACGGUACGGUAACCUGGACUUCGCAGUAAAGCAUUAUACCGAUGAACAGUUCACCACGGAAAUUGCCAACACCGACAUCCCUACCGGCGUCAACCUCAACACCGAAAUCUUCAUCGACCUGGUCGUGGAUCAGCAUCAGACCAAGGACAUCGGCAUCUACGUCCCGAGCUGCUUUGCCACGCCCACACCCUCGCCAACCGACCCACUCUUUUAUCCGCUCAUUAGGUCAAGCUGCCCGGCCCAGGCCGACGUGAGAAGAUUCACUGCGCCAGACAUCAACGAGUUCCGGUUCAGCUUCCUGGCUUUCAAGUUCACGCGGGCCCCCAUGCAGAAACCCCACGCCUCCAUGCCCGCAGUGCCCAUGGUGUACAUUCACUGUCAGGUGUCGGCGUGCCCGAGAGGAAACUGUACCUCGUCCUGCAACAGCGCCAACGGCGGUCGUAUGAAGAGAGCGGCGUUGGGAGAAAGCUCCCACCUAAUCUCUUCUGGUCCAUUCUACUUGAAAACUGACGAAAGCACGACAGGAUACAGCAGCAUCGUUGUAGCCGUCACCAUGUCAGUGGCGGUCGCAGCUACUGUAGUUGCCAUGGCAGCCAUCGUAGCUUGGAGAAGAAGCGCCUCCAAGCUGUCAGCAUACAAGAGCCUACGCCUGAAUAUGGACUCGUAGAUUUUUUUUCGAAUAUUUUUCUUUUAUGCUUUUAUCCUUCAGUUGAAAUAUAUUAAUCAGAGAACUUUUUAAAAUAAUUGCAUUAUCGUCAUAUUACCAUUAUCAAUUUGUUCAUAUAUUCUACAUGUAUCUAAAAUUAUUUGAUACCUAUUUUGGGCAAUGAUCUUCAAAGAACUUCUCUUUCGGCUUCAUUUUGGAUUAUUUUAAGUAUUGGAAGAAAAUAUUUAAAACGGCUGCAAUAAGAUAUGAAAUUAUUAAAUGUCUCAGAUCGACUUUCUCGUGUUUGUUUUUUUAAAUUGUAUUUUAUAUACAUUUGUUUUGUAUCCGAUUAUAAGCUUGAAAUAAUUUUUAAGAAAUCAUUUAUUAAAAGCUUACCCUUAUAAACGAAUAUUAUGCGAAGAAUGAUUAUAUUAAUGAUCUGCUUAAGUUUUACCUUGAAUGUUUUCUCGUUGAUUUUUCUUAAUAUUUUUAUAUUCACAUAGAUUACUGGUACGUACGUAUUUUUCGCUAGCACCAAUUUUGUAUAAUCAUUUAAUAAACAUCUUUCUCAAGAAA